AUGGGUCUAUUUUUACGCUGCACGCUGACUCUGACGCUGGUGGUCACUUUCACUGGAAACGCACGCGGAGGCAACCUCGUAAAAAGAAGUCUCAAAAAUACGGUUCCCUGCUUCGAGGAUGGGCGGUUUUAUAGAAAUCCCGAUCGACCUGAGCACAAGAUGUGGACCAACAACGAGUGUGCCAAGUACUACCUCUGCCUUGACGGGGAAGUGUUUGAGUUCAAAUGCUCCGUAGGGCUUCUCUUCGACGUAUCCCGCCAGAUUUGUGAUUUCAAGCAGAACGUGGAAAACUGUGACGUCACCGCAGAGGCACGUGUACCGAAGCCGUUACUAGAAAACGCCAAGUGCGAGGAACGAUCGCAGCUGGGUUGCGGUGAUGGAACCUGUCUGCCGAACGAGUACUUCUGCGAUGGAUCGGUGGACUGUGAGGAUGGUUCCGAUGAAGGCUGGUGCGAUGUGGAGAACGAUCCAAACGCGGCCGAUCCGUGCGAUCUGUCCGUUUGUGAAUUACCCGAAUGCUUUUGUUCGAAGGACGGCACCAUCAUUCCCGGUCGGCUGGAACGCUACCACACACCGCAGAUGAUCCUGCUUACGUUCGACGAUGCGAUCAAUUUCGAGAACUGGGAGUUAUAUACGGAGAAAAUCUUCACGCCAGCUCGCAAGAAUCCGAAUGGUUGUCCGAUUCGCGGGACGUUCUUCAUUUCGCAUCAGUACACAAAUUACGCGCAAGUGCAACGAAUGUGGAACGAUGGGCACGAGAUCGCGGUCCAUUCGAUCACGCACCGAGGUCCGGAAGAGUGGUGGUCUCGUAACGCCACCAUUGAGGAUUGGUUUGACGAAAUGGUCGGUCAGGCGAACAUCAUCAAUCGCUUCUCGAACGUGCGGAUGGAGGAGCUACGGGGCAUGCGGGUACCGUUCCUUCGCGUCGGUUGGAACCGCCAGUUCCUGAUGAUGAAGGAGUUCGGUUUCGUGUACGACUCGUCCAUGGUGGCUCCGUUCUCGAACCCACCGCUGUGGCCGUACACGCUGGAUUACAAGAUGCCGCAUGCGUGUAAUGGCAACAAUCAAUACUGUCCAUCGCGCAGCUAUCCGGGCAUUUGGGAGUUGGUGAUGAACCAGCUGGAGGCUGGCGAGUACACGUGUGGCAUGGUGGAUACCUGCCCACCGCACAUGAACGGAGAAGACAUCUACCGGAUGUUCGUGCAUAAUUUCAAGCGUCAUUACCAUACCAAUCGGGCACCGCUGGGGCUCUAUUUCCAUUCCACUUGGUUCCGCAAGCAAGAGUAUCUCGAUGCCUUCCUGAGAUUCCUUGACGACAUGGCCAAGCAUCCCGACGUGUACUUUGUCACCAACUACCAGGCGAUCGAGUGGAUGCGCAACCCAACCACCUCGAACCAGCUCGGACACUUCGAACCUUGGCAGUGCCGGCCGAAGCAGCUCGACCCACAAGAGCAAGCCUGUAAUUUGCCACGUACCUGCAAGCUACACAGCCGUGUCCUGCAACAGGAUCGAUACUUGUCCACUUGCAACGAAUGCCCGGCACAGUACCCUUGGAUAAGGAACGAGUUCGGACUCGACUGA